AUGAGUGAAGAAGCAACAAAGAAACGUAAGAUUCGGGGUGGACAUAGAACCUCAACUAAGAGAACAAUAAAUGCUUCAUCAACAAUUCUUGACGAUUUUGAUCCUUCAAAUAAACAACUUACCGAGAAGUUAUUACAACAAAAGAUUACAUUAAAGGAAAAACUAGACAUUCUGCAAAAUUUAGACAAUGAUAUACUAGCUAUCACUGAGGAGAAAGAUAUUGAAAGGGAGAUUGAAGAAAGUGAUCUUUUGAGAGAGACAAUACAUGCUACAAUUGUCAGAAUUGACUCUGUAGUGAGUCCUAUGAGCCUACCUCCAUCACCAAGUCCAGAAGGAACUCAAGAAGAAGGGAAUUAUCAUAAUUCUAGUACUAUACAAGUCAUUCGUCGGCCAAGAUAAAGCUACCAAAAUUGAGUUUAAAGAAGUUUAAGGGAGAUAUUAAGGAGUGGACUCCAUUUUGGGACAGUUAUACUUCAGCUAUUCAUGACAAUCUUGACCUGAGUGAUAUUGAUAAAUUUAACUAUUUGAACUCCCUACUUGAAUCAAAGGCAGCAGAAGCAAUUGCUGGGUUAAAGAUUACAUCAGCAAACUAUCAGGAAGCAGUUGACGUGUUAAACCAGAGAUUUGGCGACAAGCAACAGAUUAUUAAUUCGCAUAUGGACAGCCUUCUUCAACUACCUGCAGUAACAAGCCUUCAUGAUGUUUAA